GUUGCUGAAAAUCUGUCGACAGCCAACGACCAGUUUCGCCCUUUUUGGGGCUCAUCAGCUCAAAGACUGCGUUGAUGAAAUCAGUUUGCAUGGCAAAACGUUUUCUCCAGUCCCAUUGAUAGACGAGCAGGUGUGGAAGAGAAUGUCCACUUUGUGGGGUAUUUGUGGCGGUCGACCGACCUCUUUUCGCACAACUACCCGAAGGGUGGAAACGAUUCCGGAGAGUUCAAACAAUGACUUGGCGAUGAAGCAUGAAAGCCGUAACCAGAAACUCAGCUG